AUAAACGUUUGGCAUUGACACACAUCCAGUUAAACGUUGUGAAGCGGUUCCUGUUCGAGUGCAACGGCAAAUGCAUUUAGCGCUAUUUGUGCUGUGUAAUCAAACUGAAAAUUAUUUUAUUAAAUCAAUAUGGCAACUGCAACAAGCUGCCUGCCUAGGACAACGGUAGCCGGCUGCGCGUCUGCCGCUGUCGCUUCUGACGGUGUCUCUAUUGAAUCAGGAGUGCCCACCAUGUUGUCAGAGAUCGAAGCUCUGCCCUCGAUCAAGCUGGGCGACUUUACGCUGCAGUUCGAACUGGGCGAACCCUCAGCUGCGGCCAAAGAAGUUGCCGCUCGCGAGCUGCGCGAGACGCCCGAGCGGCAGAAGGAGGCAACGCAGGAGCUGAAGCGUUUACUGGAGGCUGAAACCGAUCUGCACUGCCCCAAGGACAAUGAAGAGUGGCUCAUACGCUUCCUGCGACCCUGCAAGUAUUAUCCAGAGAGCGCGCGCGAUUUGAUCAAGCGCUACUACUCCUUCAAAGUAAAACACUCGGAUGUAUAUAACGAUUUGAGGCCCACAAGGGAGGCCAAUAUCUUCAAGAACAACAUACUCACCGUGUUCCCCAAUCGGGAUCAGCAUGGACGUCGAAUCUUAUUGCUGGAGCUGGGCAAACGCUGGAAGCACAAGCAGGUCACACUAGAUGAGGUCUUCAAGGGUGCGGUCAUCUUUCUGGAGGCCGCCAUGCUGGAGCCGGAGACACAGAUCAAUGGAGCCGUGGUCAUUUUCGACAUGGACGGCCUGAGUCUGCAGCAGACCUGGCAAUUUACGCCGCCGUUCGCCAAGCGCAUUGUCGACUGGCUGCAGGACUCGGUGCCGCUGCGUGUGAAGGCCAUUCACAUUGUGAAUCAGCCGAAGAUCUUCAAUGUGGUCUUUGCGCUCUUCAAGCCCUUCCUGCGCGAGAAGCUGCGCAGCCGCAUCAUCUUCCAUGGCACCGAUCGCGAGUCUCUGCACAAGUACAUGUCGCCCAAGUGCCUGCCCUCGUGCUAUGGCGGCAUCCUGGAGCUGCCCCGCGUCGAUGGCGACCAGUGGUACGAGCUGUUGCUCAUGUGCGACGCCGAGUACGACGCCAUCAACUCGUAUGGCUACAAGAAGAAGUGAGUGGGCCCCAGCCACCGGGCAGUGUGUACAGCAAGUGAUAUUCCCUCGUAUACCCAAAACUCGAUUAAUAAUAUGCGCUUGUCCAGUCAGAGCCAAUCAGUUUGCCUUAGUGUUAAGCGAUCGAUUCGAUCUUAAUUAUCUAAAGUACAUUUACAUGGGGGUAAGCCUAAUUAUA